CCAUGGCGGACGAAAACAGCCUGGACUUGAAAAUUGAGGAAAACGAGAGUGACUGCUUCGAGGUGGAUCCGCAGAGCGGCGCUGCCGAGCCGAGCACGUUGCUGCAAAAAUUGAAAGGCGCCAUUUCGAAAUCUGUCCAGAACAAAGUCAACAGUAUCUUGCAAGAUGUCCAGAGGUUUUCGGACCACGCCAAACUCUAUCUCUACCUCCAGCUGCCUUCAGGCCCAAGUUCGGGAGAGAAAAGCUUGGACCUGACAUCCCUGAGUUCGGCCGAACACAUGCAUGCCUGCACUUGGAUUCAGAACCAUUUGGAAGAGUAUCCAGACACCUGCCUGCCCAAACAGGAUGUUUACGAUGCUUACAAGCGAUACUGCGACAACCUCUGCUGCCGAUCACUGAGCGCGGCGAAUUUCGGCAAGAUCAUGCGGGAGAUCUUUCCCAACAUCAAAGCAAGAAGGCUGGGUGGACGUGGGCAAUCAAAAUAUUGCUAUAGCGGGAUACGGAGAAAAACUGUGGUCAACAUGCCACCGCUUCCCAGCCUGGACCUGAAAGAAACAGAGAUGCCGGAAAGAACGGAGGUGGUCCAGUCCUACAAUGACGAGGUGAUGGAUGCAGCCUGUGCCCUGACCUGCGACUGGGCUGAGAAGAUCCUCAAGCGGUCCUUCAACAACAUUGUGGAAGUGGCCCAGUUUCUCAUCCAGCAGCACAUCAUCAGCUCCCGCUCAGCUCAUGCUGAUCUGGUCAUGGCCAUGGUGGUCUCAGAAACUUCAGAGAGCCACAGGGACAAACGCCCCCUGCAAACCAUGAAGACGAGCGAACCAGAGGUGCCGGAAAACGCAGCCAAGGCACAACCUCAGACAAAACUAGAAAACAGCCCCAAGCCCUCGGCGCCACCCUUGCAGAAUGAGGCGAAGAAGCCCACGGAGGCCCCUGCUAAGCCACCCAGCCGCCCACAGGUCAAUGUCACGGUGGUCCGUCGGCCGCCUCUGCUGCCCCGGGUGCAGGUCCACCCUGGGGACAGAUUGAUGGUGUCUUCUGGCGGGACGGCCAUGCACCUAUCCCCCCCUCUCUUGGCGCCAAAGCUGACUACUGCACCAGUCAGAGGAACCGUCAAAAUGGCCCUCUCCGUGGGCUCACCUUCCCCUAUGUUGCUGGCACCGGCAGUGAAUGGACCGGCCAGCCUGGUGGGCCCCCAGGGCGCCGUGCCGGUGAUCAACAUGAUGCCGGUGAUCAACGUGGCCGUGCCUCCUUCGGUCGCCGAGAUCCUGCCCAAGCCCAAGGUCACCUCUGGUGGCAGCGGGGUGAACGGCUGCGAGACCAGGAAGAGUCCCUGCGAGCCCCCCAAGGCCAAGCCUCCCUGCAAGCGUCCCCCGGAGACUUGUGGGGAAGCCACGGUGAAAAGGAAGCGUGGGCGGCCCCGGAAGAGGCCCGAUGAGCCAGAGCCUUCCUUGCCAGAGAAGAGGGACGAUGCUGAGAAGGAGGGCUCGGAUAUCAUCGUCGUAAGGGUUGGUUAUGAAGACCAAGCAGCCUCUCCGUCCCCCUGCAAGAAUCCGCCAGAAGAGAACCUUCCGGUGGAAGUGGCUCGUGGAGACGACCCCAAGCCUACGGCUGAUGUAAGCCCUUCAGUGGCCGGUGGCCACAUUGUAUGUCCGCCCUCAAAACCAGCCGUCUUGCCCACCAAGGUGAGCGUCAUCAAAGGCCGAGGGCCUCUUCCUCCCAUCUUGGUCAGGGAGACUGGAAGUGGUUUGCCAGAGCCCCUGCGACUGGGGAAAGAUAGUGGCCCCAAAGUCAUUGUGGGGAAGGAAUUGGAUGAACCGGAGCAGCACUGUCCAUUGGAUUUGGAGCUGCAGCCCACAGAUCUGUCCAUGGGCAAGGCGCGUUCGUUGUCUGCCAGGGAUACAGCACAAGGCUUGCGGGCCUCUGCCGUGCGUUUGCAUUGUGUUGGCACAGAACGAGAAACAGAGGCAGAAACUAUGAGUUCCUCGACAUCGACACAGGCCCCCAGCCGGUAACUCCCCUGCCCCCAAAUAUGAGUCCCGAUGCCACACUUUCCCUCCAGUUCGGCUGUUUUGCGGGUUCAAACUCGUGUGCCGAUGAUACCUUCAAAAUGACCAUCCAUCACACUUCAUCUCCUGACAUUGUGUGAGGUUGUGUCCCCGACAAGUUGCCCGUCUUCGUGACCGCCAACCAUAUCAUCCCCCCUGAAAAAUAUCAAAACCCGCCCCCAGAAGUUGACAUAUAGUUCCAGAUAUUUCAACAUUAGUUCUACCAACCACUGACUAUGACAGAGAUGGAGGAGAAAAGGCUUAAAAGAUGAGAUGUAACCAGAAAUGGGCAAGCUAAAGUUUUCCAAAGGAAUGAGAGAGAUAACAUCUUUGCCAAGAUUUUUUUUUUACACAAACCCCGUUCCCCAAAUCUUUCUGUAUCUGAACUUAUAGGAUGAAGAUAACAUGCUCCAAAAGUUGACAACAGAGGAUAAAUGUUGACAUUUUCUGUUUUGAGGGUGGGUCAUGAAGAAAUUAUUGGGUGCCACAUGGAAAUCCCCCCAUCCUUUUGUUUUGCUCUGAUGUUUAGAGACAAUAAUCUCACAGCCAACAUCCCAAAGAGGGGUUUAAUGUUUGUGUGUGUGUUUUUUUAAGGAAGCAUUUAUUUGAACGUCUACAUGCAUGACGUUGAGAAAUUGGGGUCGCCAUUGCUUCCUCGUUUAUUUGGAUGGGGGGAAAUUGCUCUUUUUCUCUUCUUCAUGCUCACUUUUAUAUCUAAUGUUUUGGUUAUAAAUACUUAAUAAGCACACAUGAUUCUUUUUUUUUUAAUUAAAAGCAGUCAUUAUGUGUCCCUGCAA